CACGCUGCAGUCAUUCUCUCAUUCAUCAUGAAAAUCGUUCGGUCGCCAACAAUUUUCCCAAUAUUUAUGCCAAAAAUGUGUUAAAAACAAAGUGUUUGUUUGUUAUAAAUAGUGCAUAAGCUUGUGCUAUGACAGUGCGGUCAUGUCAUAAAAAUUAAAUGCACAUGCAAUACGUGGUAGGAAUGUGCGAAAAACGUAAAACGAAAAAAUGAAAUCUAGUCAAAAAUACGUCGCAAAUGGAGGGGGAAAGAGGAUGAUGAUGGAUGGCCAAACAUAGCCACAGAGCGAAAAAACGCAAAUAAGUGACACGCAGAGCAAGAUAAUGCAAUUGUAUUUGUAAAUAAGCAAGACAAAUUAAUAUACAAAAAUAUAUUCAUUGACACUACCAUACACACAUACGGUGAAAGAGAGAAAGAGAUCAAAAAUCCAAACGAACUGCACUUGUGUAUUACUUGUGAGUGUGUGUGGGCGCAUCUCACACACACAAUAGCUGGUGUUAUUGAGUUGUUGUUGUUUUUGGGGUUGAAAGCUGCAUAACGCGUGACGUGUGAGUGUGUGUGUGUGUUUUUGGUAGUGUCUCUAUACAACCCCCUUUAAAGUGUCGCACACGUUACAAGUUACAAGUGCCACCUCACACCCACAAAUGCGUAAUUAGGAAAUCGACUCGAGACGAAACAGAAGCCACAAGAGACUCAAAAGAGAGACAACAACUGAACACCAAAAACACCCAAAAUGAUGGACAACGAUGACACAAUGCUCAAUAACUGUGGUCCACAGUCGGGCGCCGAGACCGUUUAUGGCACCGAGGACAACAAUAUGGUCAUGUCGGAGAAGAAUGAACAGGUUGUCAGCAUCGUGCAGCAGCUGGCGGGUAGCAUUUAUCAGGAGUUCGAGCGAAUGAUCAAUCGCUACGAUGAGGAUGUGGUGAAGAACCUGAUGCCGUUGCUGGUGAACGUGCUGGAGUGCCUGGAUGCCUCCUAUCGCAUCAAUCAGGAGCAGGACGUUGAGGUGGAGCUGCUGCGCGAGGACAACGAACAGCUUGUCACACAAUAUGAGCGAGAGAAAAGUGCUCGCAAACAGUCGGAGCAAAAGCUGCUGGAGGCUGAGGACUUGGCCGAGCAGGAGAACAAAGAGCUGGCCAGCCGUCUGGAAUCGCUGGAGAGCAUUGUGCGCAUGCUGGAGCUGAAGCACAAGAACAGCGUGGAGCACGCCAGUCGCCUGGAGGAGCGUGAGACAGACCUCAAGAAGGAAUAUGCCAGGUUGCAUGAACGAUACACGGAGUUAUUCAAGAACCAUGUGGACUACAUGGAGCGCACAAAGAUGCUAAUGGGCUCAACGCAUUCGCAGAUGAGCACAGCCUCCGAUCGCAUGGAAGUGAGUCGAGCACGUCUCAAUCCCGUCGCACGCAGCUCGGGUCCCGUUUCCUAUGGCUUUGCAUCGCUGGAGAACUCGGUGAUGCUCGACACGGAGACGAUUUGCAGUGUCGGCAGUCAGUCGGAUGACUCGGGUCCGCCUUCGCUGCAGAAUGAGCUCGACAAUUUGGCUGGCACUGUGGAACGUGGUGCAGCAACAGAUGCGUUGCAGCAACAACAUCAAGCGACAUCGCCACAGAGUCCCGACAUCAGUCCCGUUGUGCCAAAUGUGCCCGCAAAUGUUGGUCGAUCGACCACGAAGAAGGAGCAACGGUCGGACAAUAACCUAUACCAAGAGUUGUCCUUCCAGGAUAAUGAAGAGAGCGAAGAGAAUGAGAUUGUCACAGGCAGCUGGGUACAUCCCGGAGAGUACGCAUCCUCAGCAAACGACAACUAUUUUGGCAUGGGCAAAGAGGUGGAGAACCUCAUCAUGGAGAACAAUGAGCUGCUGGCAACCAAAAAUGCACUCAACAUUGUCAAGGACGAUUUGAUAGUCAAAGUGGAUGAGCUGACGGGCGAAAUCGAAAUUGUGCGCGAAGAGCUGAACGCAAUGCAACAGUCGAGAACGAAGCUGCGGCAACGCAUCAGUGAGCUGGAGGACGAGCUGAAGAAGGUCAAGGAACAGGUGAAGCAACAAAACACCGAACAGGAAGAGAACGAUGUGCCGUUGGCGCAACGCAAGCGCUUCACGCGUGUCGAGAUGGCCAUGGUGCUGAUGGAGCGCAAUCAGUACAAGGAGAGGCUGAUGGAGCUGCAGGAGGCGGUGCGUCUCACGGAGAUAUUGCGCGCCUCGCGCACAGUCGACAACUUGGACAAGAAGUCGAAGCAAAGCAUUUGGAAAUAUUUUAGCAAUCUUUUUACCCCUUCCAAUCGCCCGACGGAACGCGUUGCCGACGGGCUUGGAGGGGGGCCGAUGUUUCGUCACACAGGCGGAGGAAGCCCUGCCCACAGCCAUGGAUCACCCAGCCGUGGAGGAAGCGACAAUCGCCUUGCCCUAGCCGGUGCCCAUCCGCCGCCGCAUCCGGCCAGCGCCGGACUCGCCAAUGCGCUAAUCAUGGCCAAGGACUAUGCGGAGGAAGGCAGUUCGGAACGCAUUAGCGCCCGGAGGCGUGAACAGUAUCGUCAGCUGCGUGCCCAUGUGCAAAAGGAGGACGGACGCUUGCAUGCCUACGGCUGGAGUCUGCCCAUCAACAAGACCAAUCAGGAUGCGAAUCCGAGUCGCCAUUCUGGCGGUGUCCCAGUGCCCGUCUAUUGUAAUCCACUCGCAGAGGCAUCGCCACACAUGAAGGUCUUUUGUGCCGCGGGCGUCAAUCUUCAGGGCGGCUUCACCAAGGAUGGCCAAUCGCUGAUACCCGCCGACUCGCCGUAUGCGCCACGCUCGACGCUCAAAAUCGCUGAGAUUACUAGUCCAACGGCCGAGCAAAGCGCCGAGGCGCUGGAUCGCCAAAUGGCGCGGGCCAGCCUCGAGACUCUGGAGCCGGAGACGCAGCUCAGUUCGUAUGUUUGGAUCUGCACAAGUACUCACGGCGCAAGCACUGUGAGUGUGGUGGAUGCGAAUCAAUCGGCGACUGUGCUGGAUGCAUUUCCCAUCUGUGCAUCGCAUCUACUCUGCAUAGCCUCGGUUCAGGGUGCCAUGGAGAGUGACUAUGCGCUGCUGGAGCAAUCAGAAGUGGUCAAGGCCGGUGAGAUGCUGCAGCGACCGGGCGAAGGUGCCGAACUCCUGGGCAAGGUGGAGUUUAUACGCGUGCGUCCCAAAGCGGAUCAGAACAGCAACAGCAAGCAGCACUCGCAGGAGGAUGGCGAUGACGCAGCGACAGCAGCAGCAGCCACAGCAGUUGCUGUGCCUGGCGUGGCUGAGGCCAAGGAGGCAACCGAGAAGUCCAAUGAGCAGUUGCCUGCGGUGGAUGCAGCCGAACCUUUGGGCAAUGUGGAGGCUAUCAAGAUACGUCAGGCGUUGCCUGGAGCACCGCAACGCUUGCCCAGCAACAGCAGCGAGAGCAACAAUCAGGCGAACAACAACAACAACAGCAGCAACAGUUCGCAGUUUACGAUCAAGUCGCUGAAUCCCAUACUGGGUACCAAGGAGCGUGAUGAACCCGCCAUGAGUUCGGUGGGACCGACAAUGUGGCUGGGUGACCAGGAGGGUUGGCUAUAUGUCCACAGCAGCGUGGGAAGGUGGCACGAGUGUCUGCACAAGGUGCUCUUGCCUGAUGCGGUGCUGGCGAUUGUGCAUGUGGAGUCGCGUGUGGUUGUUGCGCUGGCCAAUGCUCAGUUGGCUGUGUUUCGCCGCCAAACAGACGGCCAAUGGGAUCUGAAUAGUUAUCACCUGGUUACGCUCGGUGAUCGCAAUCAUUCGAUACGUUGCCUCUGCGUGGCUGGCGAGCGCAUUUGGGCGGCGCAUCGCAACAAGAUCUUCAUUGUUGAUCCCAUAUCGCUCAACAUUGUGCACUCGCUGGACGCACAUCCGCGCAAGGAGAGCCAAGUGCGACAGAUGGCAGCCACAGGUGCCGGCGUUUGGGUUUCCAUACGUCUGGACUCCACGCUGCGUCUGUACAACACGCAUACGUUUGAGCACAAGCAGGACGUGGACAUUGAGCCUUACGUGUCCAAGAUGCUGGGCACUGGCAAGCUGGGCUUUAGCUUUGUGCGCAUCACAGCGCUGAUGGUGUCCUGCAAUCGCCUCUGGAUAGGCACCAGCAAUGGUGUCAUCAUCUCUGUACCGCUUGCAGAGGCGCAACAAAAGUCAUCUGAUCCCCAUGGCCAAAUGCCAUUGUGCUGCAUGGCCAAUGCUCAACUGUCCUUCCACGGUCAUCGCGAUGCGGUCAAGUUCUUUGUGUCGGUGCCGAUGCUGCAACAACCGAAUAGCAGCACGUUAACCUUUAGCAACAAACGUCCCGAUAUGUUGGUCAUGUGCGGCGGCGAGGGUUACAUCGAUUUUCGCAUAAAUGACAAUGACAUGGAAAACAGUAUUCAACUGGAACCAAAUCAAACGAUCGAAAAUCGAGGCGAUAAGAGUUAUUUAAUUGUGUGGCAUGUUAGUCAACGUUAAAUCUAAUUAACAAUUAUACCCGGUACACAUUUCCGAUACCAUAAAGUAUAUAUAUUCCUGAUCUAUAUCUGUCCGACAGUUAUAACUCCUAAAUAUUGAGUUACCAGCGUUUUUCUUUUAAAUAUUUCAAGAAAAUUUCUUUACGAUUGAAGAUUGUAUCGAGUACCGGGUAUCGGACAGUCGAACGCCAUCGACUGUGGAAUUCUUAACUGUUAACUUUGCUUUAAGUCGAUAUGAAUAUAUUUAUAAACAAGUUAUGGAGAGAUACCAACUCUUAAGGGCUAGCAAAAAUAACACCGUACUUUAGUUUCUAUUAAUACACCCAAAAUUUAUUUAACUAAUUCAGUGCGCCGCAGCAUUGCCUAAAAAAAGAGAAAA